AUGGAAGAAGCAAGCUCAACUGGUCUUAAAGUGAAAAGAGAUCCUGGUGCCACCGAGGUUGGGAGCCAAGGAGAAUUCUGGAAAAGGACUGUGCAGAAGAUCCUGGCUGAAGACGCCAACUGCUGGGAUGCCCAGUGCCAACACUUCAGGCACGUCUGCUACCAGGAGGCCGAGGGCCCCCUAGAGGGGCAGGGUCCAGUAGCAGAAGCCACCAUGGAUUUCCCUGAGGCAGAGAGGUCUCCGUUGGACACUAGAAAGUGGCCGUUGUCCACGGGGGUCAAGCAGGAGGCCAGCCACGAGACCACCUUGCUGGGUGAUGGGUGUGAGAUUAAGACUGAGGAAGAUCCAUGCAAUGUCUCAUUGGAAGACGUGGGGUGCCUCGAAAGAGAAGAGCAGAAAUGGAAAUCCGAAAUAAAGCAAGAAAUGGGGACGGAACCCUUGUCUUCUCAGACUGGCAGCUUCCAGGAGUCGCCAAUCCAGGAAAAUCCAGAUGAAGGAAAAGAAAAGGCUGGUGUUUAUGAGAGCAAGAAUGAGGAAGAAUCACAAAAGGUUUCUUUGAAAGGAGCAGGAUGCAUAAAAGGAGAAGUGCAGAUGUGGAAAGUGGAAAUAAAACAGGAAACAGGGAGUGAAUCCUCUGCUUUUCAUCAUGGCCACUUCCAGCAAAUCCCAAUGCAAGAAGAAGAAGAGAGAAAAGAAAAGGAUGAAAUGUGGGAAAGCAAGUCCAAGAGAAACCAACAUGAGUUGUCACUGGAAGGUUCCAAACAUAUAGAAAGAGAAGAGGAGAGGUGGAAAACUGGAACAGGGGAAGAAAUAAGGAAGGAAUCUUCUGCAUCUCAGGAAAGCGAUGGCCAUGAAGUCCCAGUCCAGAAAAAAACAGUCAAAGGGAAGGAGAGGAAUAAGUGCCAUUUGUGUGGGAAAAGCUUCAGCUGGAAAUCAAGUCUGAAUUCUCACUUGAAAAUCCACACAAGGGAAAAUCUGUAUGAAUGCCUGGAGUGUGGGAAAAGCUUCAUUCAGAGUUCACACCUAACUUCUCAUCAAAAAAUCCAUACAGGAGAGAAACCAUAUAAAUGCCUGGAGUGUGGCAAGAGCUUCAUUAAGAGUACUAAUCUCAUUUGCCACCAAAGGAUCCACACAGGGGAGAAACCGUUUACCUGCUCAGAGUGUGGGAAGAGUUUCUGUCAGAGGAUCACCCUUAUUAGACAUCAAAGAACCCAUGUGGGGGAGAAGCCGUACACUUGCUUGGAAUGUGGAAAGAGUUUUGGCCAGAAAGAUGAACUUGCUUGCCAUCAAAGAAUCCACACAGGAGAAAGACCAUUUAAGUGCCUGGAGUGUGGAAUAACCUUCAGUCGAAAUACAAGUCUUAGUUCACAUCAAAGGAUCCAUUCAGGAGAGAAGCUAUUUAAAUGCUUGGACUGCGCCAUGAGUUUUUGUGAUAAAUCAAGCCUCAAAAACCACCUGAGGGUGCACACAGGUGAGAAGGCCUACAAAUGUUCAGAAUGUGAAGAAAGUUUUUGUAGCGCAUCAAACCUCCUUCGACAUCAGCGGCUCCAUACAGGAGAGAAACCUUUUAAGUGCUUGGAGUGCGGAAAGCGUUUCAGUCAGAGUGAACAACUCACUACCCAUCAAAGAAUCCACACAGGGGAAAAACCAUACAAAUGUUUAGAGUGUGGGAAAGGCUUCCGGUGUCGGUCAGUUCUUACUUCCCAUCAAAGAAUUCACACAGGGGAGAAACCAUUUAAAUGUUCCGAGUGUGGGAAAUGCUUCAACAGAAGCACAAAUCUUACUGUGCAUCAAAGAGUCCAUGCAGGAGGAAAUGCACAUAAGUCUGUGCAGUGUGCAGAGAGCUUCAGGCAGAGUAUGCUGUGCACUGUUCAGCCCAGCUGCUGA